AUGAAAGGUCGUGGAACUGAUGACGAUGAAGAGGAGAGGCCAUUCAUGAAAGAGGAUGACGGAGUUCCCGACAGGUACAUUAAGAUCAAAAAGGCUGCUCAAGAAGAAGCGCAAUCAAGACAAUCAAGACAAUCAGAUGACGAAACAGCAAAUGUUGACGGCGGUGAAUCUGAUGAAGGUUCAUCGGCUCCUUCGUCUUCAGCUAAUGAAGAUGAUUCAUCUUCUUCAACCUCAUCCUCAUCUUCUCCAGGAUCAGCUGAUGGUCAAGCAGAAGAUGAAGGCUCUUAUCCUAAAGAGAGACAGGAAGAGUAUGAUGAUGAAACCAAGAAAGAACCUCGAGGUGAUGAAGCUUCAGCCGAUUCUAACUCCGCCGGUGGGGAAGCUGAAGGAAACCAAAAUGGCUACGGUGGUGGUGAUGCAAAUGGUGCCAAUGGUGAUGAAGAUUCAACAACAGUUACAGUGACCGACGAUAAAGAGGAAAGGAGUUACGAUGCUGAUUCUCAACAAUUAAACCAACAACCGGAUCAAGAGACUCAAUCAGCUGAACCAGAAGAGUAA